AGCACACAGCAGCAGGUGGCUGCGAGGCCAUGGACCGACAGCUGGGGGCGCUGUCCCAGGCUCUGGAGCAGUGGGAGGGGGCCGCCCUGAGGGCCAGGGACGGCCUGGAGGGGGCUCUUGCUGCUGCUGCAGCCUCAGAGGAAGAAUAUGACCGUCUGACUGCGCGGCUGGAGGACGAAUUAAAAGAGCUGGAUGGACGGCUGAGGGGGUGGAGCCAGGAGUUGAUUAAAGCUGAAGGGAGGAGCAACGGCGAGGAAGCAGUUGAGGGAUGGCUGCUGGCUAAGGAUAUACUGGAGGGCUUGCAGAGCGCCGAGCCGAUGGCAGAGAAGUUGAAAGGCCAACUGAACGACCUGGUGCGAUACUCCAGAGACCUGGGCUCACAGUCAGACCGCGUCACUGCGCUUAUCAAACAGCACAACAGUCUCAGUCUUCGUGCAUCCAGGGAGUGUCAAAAUAAGGAGCGCUUGUUGGAGCAGAGGUUCCGUGCAGCCUUGAGAGACUUCCAGCAGUGGUUGGUCAACGCCAAAAUCAGCACCGCCAAAUGCUUUGAUGUGCCACAGAGUGUCGCCGAGGCCUCUACAGCUCUGCAGAGGAUCCAAGAGUUCUUGAGUGACAGGGAGCAUGGCCAGUCCAGGCUGAGUACAGUAGGAGCCAGUGGGGAGCUGCUGAUGGCUGUGGUGUCCAAAGACAGAGUGGAGGGAAUCAAGGCCAAGGUGGCGAACGCCAGAGAAGACUGGAAGAGCCUGAUGAAUAACCUGCAGAUGAGGGAGGAUGCACUUAAGAACCUGCAGUCCCAGAUGACGGAGUUUGAGGCCAGUGCUGAGCCUCUGCAGGACUGGCUGAACAGCACAGAGGUCAGAGUUCAGGAGAGCAGUGCUCGGCUACACGACCUUCCAGCCAAGAAACAGGAGCUCAGCAAACUACAGUGUGUAUUGGAGGAGAUGGCCAGUCGGGAAGCAGAGCUGGGGAGGCUCAGGGAAAGAGCUCAUCGUCUCUGGGAGGGACAAGCAGCUGGCAAGGGUUUCGUCCAUCGUGUGUCCCAGCUAUCAGCACAGUACCUAGCACUCAGCAAUUUAACCAAGGACAAGGCCUCCAGGAUUGAACGUAUUGUAGGGGAACACCGCCUCUUCUCUCAGGGCCUUAAAGAGCUCCAGGAUUGGGUGUGUGAAGCUCAGAGGGUCCUCAACACCUGCAUCUCCACCACCACUGACAAGGGGGUGUUAGAGGACCGGAUGUUACAGCUGGAAGCCUUACUGGCUGCUCGUCAGGAGCGGGAGAUCCAACUGAAGAUGCUUCUGACUCGGGGAGAAGCAGUCCAGAGGAACACGUCAGCUGAGGGGGUCCCAGUGAUUCGCAAACAGAUCCAGGACCUCAAAGACUCAUGGGACUCCUUGCUUUCUGCCUCCAUUCAGUGUAAAAGCCAGCUGGAGGGCGCUUUGUCGCAGUGGACCAGCUAUCAGGAAGAUGUGGGUCAGUUUGUGCUGUGGAUGGACCGGGUUGAGGAGACACUUAGCUGCUCAGACAGACAGUAUUCUGAGAUGAGAGACAAGACAGCUAACCUGGGAAAGACUAAGCUUCUCUAUGAAGAAGUACUGAGUCACAGCAGUCCUCUGGAGACCAUCGCCACAAAGGGGUCCAACAUGGCUGAACACUACACUACCCAGCAGGAGGUGCAGCAGCUGCAGUGUAGAUAUAACGCCCUCAAAGAAAAGGCCAAGAAUGCAGUCAGUAAGGCCAAAGGGCUGGUGCUGGUCCAUCAGGAAUAUCAAAGGGGGUUACAUGUGUUUGAGGACUGGCUGGAGCAGGAACAGGCCUCUUUGGCAUCAUUGUCCCAUCCAGAGGGAAACGUGGAUACACUGGAGAAGACACUGCAACAGCUACAGCUCCUGCAGGAACGCUGCUCAAAUGGCCAGUCUUUGCUCUCCUCGGUGCUGACCAGCAGAGAGAGAGUGAUCCCCUGGGGUAUACCUCAGAUCGAAGACCGAGCGCUGGACACCGCUCAGCGGGAGUGGGGGGCCUACCAGGGCCGUCUGGAGGAGACUCAGACCCAGCUGAGCUCCACACUGACCAGACUGAGGCAGAUGGGCCAAAGGUUCCUGAGUCUGGCCCAGUGGCUGGAGGAGAUGGAGAAGGUGGCAAACGUCAGACGUCAUCGGCGGUCAGACAGAGGCACCAAGGAGACACAGCUGAAGAAACUUAAGGGGUGUCUCGAGGCAGUGCUUGCACGGCAGGGAGAAGUCGAUGGCCUCUCCUCUCUGGCCCAGCAGGUUCUGGAGGAAACCUACAUCAGUAGUCGUGUCAGUGUUACUGCCACCCAGCUCACGGCCCGCUACCAUUCCCUGCUGCUCAACAUACAGGACACCAUCAAGCAGCUUCAGGAGGAGCUGAAGAGCAUCAAAGAGGCUGAAAACCUUUGCACGUCCUUCACGGACUGGCUCAGUUCCACUCAGGAAAGCUUCACAGCUUUAACUGACAGUUCUGAACCUCUAGACCGCGUCGCCAUGGAGAGGAAGACGAAAAAAGUAGAGACUCUCCAGUCUGAGCUCCAACACGGUCACAGUUUCCUGAAAUCGCUGAGGGAGCGGGCAGAGCAGGCGGCGGGCUUCCUGGACGAGGCUGGAGCUGAGAGUUUGGGAGCGGAGGUAGAGGCUCGUCUUGCCCAGUUGGAGGAGCUUGCAGGUGGGCUGAGACAGGAGCACAGCUUUCUACAGCGGGCCUCACUGCUAGCUAGGGAGUUCCAGGACCGAUAUAAGGCUCAGGCCCAGUGGCUGGUGGAGACCAGGGCUGUGCUCAGCUCCCCUGUGGAGCCCAAGGCUGAACUGUAUCAACGGAGAGCACUGCUGGCUAAACAUAAGGCUCUGCUGCAGAUGGUUCAGUCCCGUGAUGGAUCCAUCAGGUCAGUGGUGGAGAAAGGAGACGCUCUGCUAGCCUCCGUCCACUACCCCUCCAUCAGAGACAAAAUGAACAGAAUGCAAAGGGACUACACUGAACUCUGUCAUACGGCCACGGCCCAUGUGGAGAAUCUGGAAGGCCAGGUGAAAGAACAGGAAGCUUACCACAACGAGCUCCAGGAAGUGGAGCGCUGGCUGCUCCAGAUGUCCAGCAGGAUGGUGACUCCUGAUCCAACUGUGGGUCGCAGCCUGGAGGCAGCCACUCAACAGCUGGCCAGACACAAGGCCAUCAUGGAGGAAAUAGCAGGAUUUGAGGAUCGCUUGGCAGGCUUGAAGGAGCGAGGAGACCACCUGGUACAAGGCUGCAGUGACCGUGUGCAGAGCAGGCUGAGACAGCAGGUCCAGGCUCACCAGCAAGGCACCAGAGACAGCUACUCUGCCAUCUGUAGCACAGCACAGAGAGUGUAUCAAAGUCUGGACCAUGAGUUGCAAAGACAUGUGAGUCUCCAAGACACACUGAAGCAGUGCCAGACCUGGUUGACUUCUGUCUCAGAGGAACCAGAGCCUCCUGCACAUCCUCCUCUCAGCCUGGAGGAGGCUCUACAGCAGGUGAAGCAGGAGCGUGCUCUACAGGAACAGGCCAGCACUUACCUCCAGCUUGUGUGUUCAGCAUGUGACCUGUCCGAGCCAAGGGUCAGAGGGACAGCAGCAGCUAUCCAGCAGGUCAAAUUGCAGAUUGAAGAGCGUAUGCUGCUCUGUGAGGAGGUCGCAGACAGCUGGAGGGACGUUGAGGAGCAGAAGGCAGAUCUGGAGGUUCAGCUGAGAGAGACAGAGCAGCAACUUCAGAACCUCAUCAGAAGACCUGCGGAGCUGGAGCCCAAGAUUGCACAGAACCACCUGGACAAAGCACAGGAAUUCCUUCUGCAGAUUAGGGAGAGACAGUCUGAGGUAACCCAUUUAAAUGAAGCUGUUGGUAGGCUGACAGACGGACAGGUCUCUCCUGCCCUGGAGGAGAUAAGAAGACUGAGGAGAAGCUGGAUGGACCUAGGCCAGCGGGCAGAGGAGCUGGAGUCUCAGCGGGGGGAGGACAUGCAGCGAAGCGGGGAGUACCAGGAGAUUGUUGUUGCUGUGGAGGAACUCUUCCACCAAGUUUCCAGGGAAUGGGACUACCUCGCCAGGGCUGACACAGAGAGUACAAGUGAGCAUCUAGAGGCUUUGAGGAAGCUCUCCAGUGACCUAGAGGAGCAAAGAGCAACCCUAGAAGACCUCAGAGACCAGAAACAAGCUAUCCUCCCUCGACUUAGCCUGCUAGACAAGGAGCUGGUCAAGCAACAGGUUGGUCAUCUAGAGCAGCGCUGGGCUCAGCUUGAAACCCUGAUUCAACAGAAGAUCCAGGACUCUGCACAGACACUAGAGGAUCUUGCUCGUGUUGAAACCCAGCUGAGGGAUGCCCGGGAGUGGGUGGAGGAGCAGCGGCCUGCUUUUACCUCUGCGCUGAAAACCAGCCCACCCCCUGAUCUGGCCCAGAGUUUCUUGUUUGACCACCUGAGUGUGUGCGUGGAGCUGGAGGCCCGUCAGCAGCUGCUGGGUCAGGCAGUGAGCGAGGCACAGGCUGUGGCUUCCAGACUGGGGCUGAGUGAGAAGAGAUUCCUGCAGGAGCUCGUUGAACAAGCCCAGACUGAAGUGGAGACUCUGGGGGCUCGGGUGGCCCAAAGGAGGAAGUACCUCAGCAAGGCCUUUACAGAGAGAACACAGUUCCUUCAAGGCCUGGGGAGAGCACUGUCUUGGGUACAGCAACAGGAGAGGAGGGCUUUGAUAGAUGACCACAUAGCACUUCUCCCUGAGGACCUAGCCAAACAGGUUGCUGCUUGUCGGGGUGUCCAGAGUGGUUUACGAGCAUACCAGAGAGAGCUGGCAUCUCUCUGGGUACAAGGGCGAGAGCUAGAGAGAGAUGCCAGUGACAAAGAAAGAGCAGAAACACUGGCUAGACUGGAGAAUCUGCAGUCAGUGUUUGAAACCGCCCUGCAGAGGACGACACAGCGUCUCACAGACUUAGAGAAAGCCUUGACCUCCAGGAAGUACUUCCAGGUUGACCUGGAUAAGACUUGCCACUGGUUGAGACGAGCAGACGCCAUCACCUUCCCUGAGAUCAAUCUAAGCAACAUUGACGAUAGCUCGGAGUUGCAAACACAAUUGUCUAAUUUUCAGAAUGUCCUAGAACAAGCUUCAGAGUACGAGAACCUUCUUCUCAUUGUCCAAAGAAUAGGGCAGGAGAUCCUCCCCACUCUGAACGAGAUUGAUCAUUGCUACCUAGAUGAGAGGCUCAAUGCCCUGCCUCAGCAGUACAACGCCAUCCUAGCUCUAGCCAAAGAGAAAAAAGACAGAGUCCAACAAAUAAUCUUAGAGCGAAAAGAGUUCAGCACUUUCUUUGAUAUCACUCGUAAUGCACUGGAGGAGCUUCAGGAGCAGUUUGACAAUCUGGAGAAGCAGACUAUCAGUAUUAGAGAUGAGGAGCUUGCUCGUCUAAUUAAUGAAUACAGAAGUAUUAAUGAAAGUUUAUUCCAUAUUAGCCCUGCUGUGAGAGAACUGCAUGGCAAAAAUGAGGGGUUUCUCAGUAGGGGUCAGCAAUACAGAGCAGAGGAGACACAGCAGCUGGUCGAUCUCCACAACACGCUGAAAAAGACAAACGAUCAGAAAAUUAAGCACUUGGAUGAUUGCUUGAAAACACUGGUUGAACACAACAGAGUAUCCGCCAAGUUGGACUCAGAGUUUAAGUCUGUGAAAGAGAAACUGGUCAGACUGAAGUCAGACGCAGAAAUCGGUGCCAUGGAUAGAAUCACAAGCCUUUAUUUACUGCUUGAGAGUCUGGACUGUGUGAGUUCUCAAGUUGAAGAAUGUAACCAACAAACUAAGGGCCUUGGCCUGAAGUUUGAUCCCGCUGCCUUUCAAGAAACUACACUGCAGCUUGAAUCAUUGCAGUCUUUACGGUGUGAAGUAAAAUGUUGUGUUGAUGAAAAUGAAAAGAAGGUGACAAAGAAUGAAGAUUUCACAAAAGAGACUGUGAAAAUGUUGGAAUGGCUGCAGACUAUCAAGGUCAAAUUGUUGGAAGAGCCGUUGGCCCUGUCAGAGGUCAAAAUCGAGAGGGUGUAUGAAGAAGUGCGGAAACUGAAGAUCGUGGAAGAGGAAGUGAAAAGUAGAUUUAGGAUAGGUGAUGCUUUGGGGAGCAGAGAGAAGCAAAGGUAUUGUAGUAGAAAAAAACCUGUUCCUGCCCACAUAGAAGAGAAACUACAGGAGAUGGCAAAGCUGGGAGCUGAAGUGCAACAAGGAAUUAGCAAAAAACAGCUGGCUGUGGAUCAAACCCUUUCCCUGGUCCAGAGGCACCACUUAUCUCUGCAGUCUAUGCAGAAAUGUCUGGACUCUGCUGCUGCUGUGCUCCAGAGGGCCAGCUCGGGGGUGGAUCUAGAGAACCAGACAGAUUGUGCGCAGGACCUGGAAGACAUUUCAGCCCAGGAAAAGAGCUUCACAGCUGGUUUAGAGGAGCUGAGGACUUUGGAUCCUCUGCUGGAAGAUUUUAUGGAAGCAGGAGCGAUGGGCGAACUUCGAAAAAAAGUUGAGGCAGUGUUGCUGAGAAACACAGAAGUCAAACAGCACCUGGAUACUUACAGAGAUGUGCUUCAGAGUUGUGCAGCGUUAUGGACCUCCUUCCAACACGAGAAAGAGAUGCUAGUUGAACAGAUGAAUGACGCAGAGGGCAAGAUGGCCAUGUUCACUACAGCUAAAGCUGUCAGCAUCCAGCAGGCAGAGGAAAAGUGUCAGAGAUACAAGUCUCUGGUGGCUCACAUCGACCUGCUAGAGUUGCCUCUGAAUGCUUUGAAAGAGAACGCAACAGAGUUAGAGCAGAUCAUCUCGGAGUCCAGCAAAGCUGUCACCAGCCACUCAGUGUCGUCACUGUGGCAGCGGUGGACCCGGCUGCGCAGUGUGGCCCGAGCCCAGGAGAGAGCACUGGAGGACACUGCGAGGGAGUGGAGGAACUUCACUGACAAGAUGGAGAAGGUGCGCUCAGUUUCCCAAGACCUCCACAGCCGUGUCCCAGACAGCACAGUUGAAAAGGCUGCCACCAGGGCGGCGCUCCAGAGCCUCCUGGAGUACCAUGACUCGUUCAGCCAGGAGGUGGAGAGGGAGCAGUCCAUCCUGGCCCUGCUGGGGCAACACACACGCAGCCUCAGAGGAGAGGAGGAGGCGGCGAUGGAGAAAAAGACAGAGAAUGGACAUGAGGAGACACCUUGCCUACAAGAAAUCAGAAGCAUGCAGGAGCAAUAUGACAGCCUCGUGUUGCGGGUACGAGCCAGCAGGGCUCAGGUACACCAGGAGUUGAGGGAGAGAGAGGAGGUUGAGAAGGAGCUGGGCUUGGUCAAAGGAUGGAUCCAAGAUACUCGUGGCUUACUGCUGAGUCCCACUGCAGACCUGGAUUCACUGCUGCAAGAGCUAGAGACUGCACAUGGUGAGGUCAUCAGCAGGCGCCAGAGUGUGGAACGCAUGACAGAGCUGCAGCAGUCCAAGUACCAGGACCUCCAGGCUGGUCUGCCCUCUGAGCUCAGCAUGCAGCUGGCUGAGGUGGCUCUGGCUCUGGGCUCCGCUGAAGACCAGGUCCAGGCGAGAGAAAGGGAGGUGCAGCAGACCAGAGAUGUCAAAGAAGACUUCAGCUUCAGACUCCAAGACAUCGAGGCGAAGCUGAAGACCAUCGCUCUGAAAUUGGAAGACAAGGGUGUUGACCUGGAGGAGGCCAAAGAAGAGACCAAAGCUCUUUGUGAAGAGUGUGACUGCUGUGGUCGCUCUCUGGUGGAGUUAGGAGUAGCGGUGCAGGAGUUUGGGGAGCAGAACCCUCUGCUGUGUAAGCAGCUGGGCGAUGCUGUGGCCAAACUGACAGAGGUGCAGCGACACACCACGCAGCAGGUCCAGGACAGAGCCAACAGACUGAAAAAGGCAGAGAGGCAGGUGGAGGAAUAUCAGGGUAUGAAGGCAUUCAUUUUGGGCUGGACAGAAAAGGCAGAAGCUCUGGUCACUGGUGGCAUUAUCUGGGGCUCUGCGUCCCAGCUGCAGGAGCAAAUUCGAGCACACCAGGCGUUGCUGCGGGAGUGUCGGGGUCUCCAUGGCGACUUGGAGGCCAUGGGGGAGAGGGAGGGGCAGCUGGGGGAGGUGUUGCAGACAGAGGGGUGGAUCCAGCAGGUGAAACACCUCAGCAGACGCACAGAGGAGCUGCAGCAAAUUGCCAAGACUCGCCUCCAGAGUCUGCAGGAUGCAGCAAAGGACAUGUUGCGUUUGGAGGCAGAGGUGAAGAUCCUCCAUGCUGCUGUAGACCAGAUCCAGAUCACACUUGCGUCCCCCGACCUCAACAGGCUCAGCCUCAGGGAACAGCUCACACAGAGACAGCGUCUGUUGGUGGAAAUGGAGGGCUUCAAGCAGCAGGUGGCGGCAGUACAGCAGUGUCAGAGCGCCCUCCGGCUACCAGAGGAGGUCGUUGCCAGCCUGCCUAUCUGCCGCACAGCUCAGACUCUGCAGCAGGAGGCCAGCCAACUGCAGCAUACCACCAUCCAGCAGUGCAACAUCCUGCAGGAGGCUGUGGUGCAGUAUGAGCAGUACGAACAGGAAGUUAAGAACCUUCAGAGAUUAAUAGAAGAGGCUCAUCGCAUCAUUCAGGACCGGCCAGUCUCCACCAAUAACAUACAGGAACUUCAGGCUCAAAUACAUCACCAUGAGGAGCUGGCCCAGAAGAUCCGUGGCUACCAGGAGCAGAUCGCCUCGCUCCACUCCAAGUGCAAGAUGCUGACGGUGAAAGCCAAACAUGCCACCAUGCUGCUGACGGUCAACGAGGUGGAGGGCCUUUCAGACGGCGUGGACGAGCUGAGUGAUGAGGAGCUGCCCAGCUCUGUGGCAACCAGCAACGCCGCCGCCAGCAAGCAGCUCCCAGCACACCCCUCUGUCGUCAUGAUGACAGCCGGCCGCUGCCACACACUCCUCUCCCCUGUGACGGAGGAGUCAGGGGAGGAGGGCACCAACAGCGAGGUCUCCUCUCCCCCUGCCUGCCGCUCCCCCUCCCCGGGGGCUAACGCUGAUGCUCCUCUUAACCAGGGUCGAGGUGCCUUAAGCCGAGCGCCCCUCCAGGAGCUGUACGACCCGUCCAUGGAGACUAGUGCUGCCAACCUCGAUGACCUGCAGAGAUCCUGGGAAACACUCAAGAACGUGAUCAACGAGAAGCAAAAGAGUCUGUAUGAAGCUCUGGAGCGGCAGCAACACUAUCAGGAGUCCCUCCAGUCCAUUUCCACUAAAAUGGAGUCCAUAGAAGGAGCACUCAAUGAGGGUCUGGAGCCUAACAAGAGCCCCGAGAGCCAGAUGGCUGCACACCAGGCUCUGAUGGAUGAGAUCCUGAUGCUGCAGGAUGAGAUUGGUGAGUUACAGACGUGUUUCUCUGAGGAGCUGGCAGACAGUGACAGCGAUGGGGAGGCUGGGGACCAACUGGCUCUGCAGUCUACUCUUACUGUGCUGGGAGAGAGGAUGGCCACCAUUCGAAUGAAGGCUUCUGGGAAACGGCAGCUGCUGGAGGAGAGACUCAGUGAACAGCUAGAGGAGCAGCGGCAGGAACAGGCGCUGCAGCGUUACCACAGUGAGGCCGAGGAGCUCGACCACUGGCUGCUUAGCACUCGUGCCACUCUGAGCUCUGCCCUUCGGCCCCAAAACGAGGACUUGGACAUGGAGGAGCAGCUCAUUGACUGUCAGAAUAUGCUGUUCGAGAUCGAGCAGAAGGUCUCAUAUCUGUCGGAGCUGUCCGUCCACAGCGAGAGCUUGCUGAUGGAGGGUCGGGCUGAGACCAAGGGAGAGGCGGAGCAACUCACCCUCAAACUGCACUCCCUCAAAGACAGCCUGAUGGAACUGCAGCAGAUGCUACAGGAUAAACAAAUUGACAUACAGGGUUCAUUGCAGGAGCAGGAGGACAGUGAGCCAGAUUCAUCUCUGUCUCAGAGUCCUAAUGUCCAGGAUUGGCUUUCCCAGGCCAGAUCCACACGCACACAGCAGCACCACGACAACCUUCUUCGACAAAGGGAGCUGCAGGAGCAGGUAGCUGAACAGAGGAGGCUGCUGAAGUCUGUAGCCAGUGUUGGAGAAGAGUUACUCAGCCAACAGACCACACCUAAUGGGGACAGUGAGGUGUCCAUCCCAGGAGGAGUAUUGCUGGAGUCUGAGACCAUUUCACCUUUGGAACAGAUGAGACAGCGCUGGGAAAACCUCAAUAAAGAUCAAAACACAAAGCUGCAGCUCUCCCUCAACUCUCUGGAACAGGACCAGCUGAGCCCGGUCCUCCACCGGUCCCGUCUGUCCAGCCCCAGUAUGGUGUUUAGAGGCGUGUCUGCUAAUCAGGACUCUCGCUCUCCCAGAGCAUUGUUUGAGGCCUGUGGUCAGACUCUGGAACGAAUUGCCCAUGAGACGGCGGGUGGUGACAGCAGAUUGGUAGCAUCUUUAGGUGGGACAACGGUCCAGCAGGACCUGUACUCUGCAGUUUCUGCAGCCUCCUCCUGGUUGGAUGCUGCUGAGAACCAGCUGCUCUCUGGUCCUGUGUUGCUGUCUGAAGACACAGAGACACAACUUACAAAUUUGGAGGGUCUGAAUAAACAGCUGAAGGCAAUGACCAGGGAGGUAAACCUGUGCAGAGACCAUCUGGGUGGCGGAGUGGGCCGGUUGUGUGGGGGAGACGAGCAAGCUCUUAUGGAGGACACACUGGAGGGCCUGCAGGAGAGGAUGGGGCUGCUGGACUCCACCCUUGAACAACACUGUGACGCCAUGAGGGACAAACUACAGGAACACUCAACCUUCCAGAAUGAACUGAGGCUGCUGUUCACAGCUCUGAGUGAAAGUAAACACCUGUUGCUACAGAAGAUGGCUGGAACUGUCGACAGACCUGCGUCCAAACAGAUAGAGACAUUAUCAGAGGUGGAGGAGAGUCUGAGAGAGUUUGAGCAGAGAGUGACUGAGCUGAAGACAAGAGUGGAGGGACUCCAAUCUGACCAAAUCUCCAACCAGGAACUUAUCAAACUACAGGAUGCAUAUGAGGAGCUGGUGCUGAUGGUGGGCUCCAGACGUAGCAGCCUGAACCACGGCUUGUCUCUCAAGGCUCAGUAUGAAGCUGCACUUCAUGACCUCACAGACCUGGUGGACACUGCCCAGGACAAGAUGGCUGCCGAUCAGAAGAUGACAGUGGCUUCUGUCAUAGAGGUUCAGAUGUUACUGGACAAACACAAAGAAUUUUUCCAGGGUCUUGAAUGCCAUAUGAUCCUCACCCAGACGUUCUACAGUAAAGUGUGUGGUCUGGUGGCACAGAGGGAAAGCCAGACCCUGGAGGAGACCAUGGCCUUAGCCCACAGUGUGCUCAAACAGGCCCACAGGAGGGGAGUGGAGUUGGAGGGAAUACUGGAGUCGUGGAGCAAGCUUGUGGAAGACUACCAGGCUCUGUGUAGACAGCUGGAGGCUGUGGAGUGUAGCAUCCCUACUGUGGGCUUGGUAGAGGAGACAGAGGAAAGACUUGUUGAAAGGAUCGGUCUCUUCCAGCGUCUGAAGGCCAGCCUGACGGAGCAUCAGCCCCAGCUAUACCAGGUCCUGGAAGAGGGCAAAAGGCUCCUUCUGUCUGUUGGCUGUUCAGACCUGGAGAACCAGCUGACCCAACUUGGAGAACACUGGCUCUCCUCCACCACCAAAGUCAACAAGGAGCUGCACCGCCUUGAUUCCACGCUAAAACACUGGAGCAGGUACCAGAGUGAGUCAGCAGAGUUGAGCCACUGGUUACAGUCAGCUCUGGACCGACUGGAGUUCUGGACGACCCAGUCAGUGACAGUGCCUCAGGAGCUGGAGACUGUCAGAGAUCACCUCUAUGCCUUCCUGGAGUUUUCCAAAGAGGUGGAUGCGAAGUCGUCCUUGCGCUCAUCUGUGCUGAGUACUGGGAACCAGCUCCUGCGAUUGAAAAGAGUAGAUACAGCUGGUCUCAGGACAGCACUUGGCCAAAUCGACACUCAGUGGGCGGAGCUGUUGACUCGUAUUCCUGUAGUACAAGAGAAGCUACACCAGUUGCAGAUGGAGAAACUGGCAUCCCGGCAUGCCAUCACAGAGCUGAUGAGCUGGAUUUCUCUCAUGGAGAACAUUAUACAGGAGGACCAGGAUAAAAUCAUGGGAGCUGUAGGCUCAGAAGUGGUCCAGGACUUCCUGCAGAAGUAUAAGGGUUUCCGCAUAGAUCUGACCUGUAAGCAGUUGACUGUGGACUUUGUAAACCAGUCAGUGCUGCAGAUCAGCAGUCAGGAUGUGGAGGGUAAGCGCAGUGACAAAACAGACUUUGCUGAGAAGCUAGGAGCUAUGAACAGACGGUGGCAGAUACUGCAGGGGCUCAUCACUGAAAAGAUUCAGCUUUUGGAAGGACUUUUGGAAGGUUGGUUGGAGCAUGAAAAUGGAGUUCAGGCCCUGAAAACCUGGUUCACACUACAGGAGGAGAAACUGAAGAAGAGACACAGGAUAGAGGAUGUAGCAUCGGUGCAGAAUGCACUUAAAGACUGUCAGGAGUUAGAGGAAUUAGUGAAGGACAAAGAGAAGGAUCUAGAGAAAGCAGAGGAACGAGGAAAUGCACUCAUUCAGGAUAAGAAAGGAGCAGCCUGCUCAGUUGUGAAGGAGACCCUCAAAGGACUGAACCAAUCCUGGGCUCAUCUGGACCACAUGAUAAGUCAGAUGAAGGUGAGCCUGCGGUCGGUGCUGGAGCAGUGGACGCUGUACCGACGAGCUUCAGAUGAGAUUAAUGGGUACCUGAUGGAGGGGAGGUAUUCUGUGUCCAGGCUGCACCUCCUUAACGGGUCUCUAGAGGCAGUACAGCAGCAGGUGGAGAGUCUGGAGAACCUGCAGGAGGAGAUGGACAAACAGGAGAGCAGCCUGAGGAAGUUUGGAUCUGUAACACACCAGCUAUUGACAGAGUGUCACCCAUCUGUGGCUGAAACACUCAACACAGCCCUCCGGGAUGUUAACGUUAGGUGGAACAGUCUAUUAGAGCAGAUCUCAGAGCAGCUGAGGAGCAGCAAAGCCCUGCUGGUGUUGUGGCAGCGCUACAGGUCAUUGUGUGGCCAAUGUGUGACAGCAGUUCAGAAACAGGAAGAACGUGCUGAUCGCCUGCUGAAGAAUGCCACGGACAGGGAGAUCACAGAGGAGGAGAGCAGCGCCUGGAUAAACGACUGUGAUGCGUGCCUUGGUGACCAGGCGUCAGUGCAGCAGUCCCUCCAGCAGCUGCAGGCUUUAGGGGAACAGCUGAAGAGCCAAGUCGAUGCCUCGUCCUCAGCAGCCCUUCAGUCUGACCACCUGUCACUCACACAUCGCCUAGCAACACUGGAGCACGCCCUUCAGAGGCAGCAGGAAGUACUGCAGUCUGGAUCUCAGGCCUGUGAGGGUUUCAGAGAGCAGUUGGACACACUGAUCCAUAAGGCUGACGAAGCUGAGGAGGUGCUGAAGGAGUCUGACCCAGUCGGCUCACCAGACCUCACUGUGGUCCAGACACGUAUGGAAAAACUGAAGGUUCACCUGCUGAAGCUGAGCAGUCUGUCUCCAGAUCUUGAACGUGUGAAUGAGUUGGUUUACAGACUGCCGGUCAGUGACAGAGAUGUUAAACGGCUGCAAAGUCUCAACAGAGCCUGGGCCGCUCACUCCGCUCACCUUACCGAGAGAUUCAGUAAACUGCAAGCAGUGUUGCUCCAGCAUCAGAGUUUCCUCCAGAAGUGUGAGGCAUGGAUGGACUUCCUGUCUCAGACUGAACAGAAGCUGGCUGCUGAGAUCUCAGGGAACUACCAGAGUCUGCUGGAGCAGCAGAGAGACCAUGAGUUGUUCCAGGCAGAGAUGUUUAGCAGGCAACAGAUUCUGUACUCCAUCAUCAGUGAUGGCCAUCAUAUGUUGGACCAAGGACAAGUAGAUGACAGAGAUGACUUCAGUGUGAAGCUGGCCUUGCUAAGCAAUCAAUGGCAGGGUGUGGUGAGGCGAGCACAGCAGCGAAGGGGCAUUAUUGAUAGUCUGGUCCGCCAGUGGCAGAACUACCGGGAGAUGGCGGAGAAAUUGCUACAGUGGCUUCAAGAAGUUACCCGUGAUCCAGAUGUACAUCAGCCAGGAGAACCAGUGGCACUGCAGCAGGCUAGAAACCUGUUAGAUCAGAUACAGCUGAGGGAGCGGGUGCUGCAGAGGCAGCAGGGCAGCUACAUCCUGACGGUGGAGGCCGGCAGGAGCCUGCUGCUGUCAGCCGACGCCAGGGCGGAGUCCACCCUGCAGACGGAGCUGAUGGACAUUCAGGAGAGGUGGAGGCACGCUCACCACCGCCUGGACCAUCAGAGGAGGGAGCUGCAGGGCCUGCUCAAGAACUGGGAACGGUGUGAGAAGGGCAUAAAUGCGUCACUGGAGAAGCUGAGGGCCUUCAAGAGAAAGCUGUCUGUUCCACUGCCUGAUCACCACGAGGAGCUGCACUCAGAGCAAAUCAGAUGCAAGGAAUUGGAGAGCAGUGUAGAGGGUUGGACCGAUGACCUUACUUCCUUGUUCCUGCUGAGGGACUCCUUGGAGGGUGUGGUCAGUGCAGAUGACAUCACAGUCUUACAGGAACGCCUCCAGCUGCUUCAGCGUCAGUGGGGGGAGGUCUGCCACCAGCUUUCCCUGCGCAGGCAGCAGGUGAGCGAGAAGUUGAAUGAGUGGGCAGUUUUCAAUGAGAAGAACAAGGAACUAUGUGAGUGGCUCACACAGAUGGAGAGCAAGGUCUCUCAGAAUGGGGACAUCAGCAUUGAAGAGAUGAUCGAAAAGCUGCGCAAGGACUACCAAGAAGAGAUCAGUGUAGCUCAGGAGAACAAACAGCAGCUGCAGGUUAUGGGCGAGCGCCUGGCCAGGGCCAGCCAAGACAGCAAGGCGGCCGAGAUCCAACACAAGCUCAGCAAAGUCAGCGAGCGCUGGCAGCACUUGCUGGACCUCAUCGCUGCCAGGGUGAAGAAGUUGAGGGAGACCCUGGUGGCGGUGCAGCAGUUGGAUAAAAACAUGAGCAGCCUGCGUUCAUGGCUGGCUCACAUCGAGACAGAGCUGUCCAGGCCCAUCGUCUACGAAACCUGUGACGACCAGGAGAUUCAGAGGAAGCUCAACCAGCAGCAGGAGCUGCAGAGGGACAUAGAGAAACACAGCACCGGUGUGGCGUCCGUGUUGAACCUGUGUGAAGUCCUGCUCCACGACUGUGACGCCUGCUCCACAGAGACAGAGUGUGACUCCAUCCAGCAGGCCACCAGAGGACUGGACAGACGAUGGAGGAACAUCUGUGCCAUGUCCAUGGAGAGGAGGCUCAAGAUUGAGGAGACAUGGAGGUUGUGGCAGAAGUUUCUGGAUGAUUACUCCAGGUUCGAGGAUUGGCUGAAGACCUCAGAAAGAACAGCAGCUCUACCUAACUCAUCUGGAGUUCUGUAUACUGUUGCUAAGGAAGAGCUUAAAAAGUUUGAGGCCUUCCAGCGUCAGGUGCAGGAGUGCCUGACACAGCUGGAGCUUAUAAACAAACAGUACCGUCGCCUGGCCCGGGAGAACCGCACAGACUCCUCCUGCCGACUCAGGGAAAUGGUGCAUGAUGGGAACAGGAGAUGGGAUAACCUGCAGAAGAGGGUGGCAGCCAUCCUACGCAGACUCAAGCACUUCAUCAGCCAGAGGGAGGAGUUUGAGACGGCACGAGACAGCAUCCUGGUGUGGCUUACAGAGAUGGACCUCCAGCUGACCAACAUAGAGCACUUCUCUGAGUGUGACGUACAGGCCAAGAUAAAACAGCUCAGGGCAUUCCAGCAGGAGAUCUAUCUGAACACCGGGAAGAUCGAGCUGGUGUUCAGACAGGGCGAAGCUCUGAUUGAGAAGAGUGAACCUCUGGAUGCAGCCGUCAUCGAGGAAGAGCUGGAGGAGCUGCAGAGAUACUGCCAGGAGGUCUUUGGACGAGUCGACAGAUACUACAAGAAACUCACACGGCUGCCUCUGGCUGAUGAUGAGCUUGAUGGUUCAGACAGAGAGCUGGACGUGGAGGAAGGUGGCGAGCUCUCUGAGCUACAAUGGGGUGACUCAUCUCUGCCCCGGACAUCCAGCCGUCCAGCCUCGGGUACUACCGCUCUCAUCAGGGCAGAUCGCUCAGGACGUGACACCCCCGCCAGCGUGGACUCCCUCCCCUUAGAGUGGGACCACGACUACGACCUGAGCAGAGGUCUGGACAGCCCUGGAGGACGAGGCCAUGGGGAAAGAAGCCGAGGGCAAGAGGAGGAGGAUGAGUAUCUGAGGACAACUGCCACAGUGCUGUCAGGUGAGCCAGGUCAGCUGGAGGCCAGUCUCAGACAGCUGGAUCAGGCUCUGGAUGCAGGACGAUACCACCUCCAGCAGAGAGAGGCCACCGCCAACCGCUCCAGCCCCGACAUCGACUCCACAUACAUGGGCUACAUGCGUCUGAUGGGAGAGUGUCGAGGCAGUAUAGACGCAGUGAAGAGAGCAGAAGGAGAGCUAACUGAGGACGAGGAUGACAUGCCGGGACUCACCAACCCCACCAGCACAGACACGCAGAGCGCAGGUGUGAUCGAGCGCUGGGAGCUGAUCCAGGCUCAGUCUCUGAGUGAGAAGCACAGGCACAAGCAGAACCUGCAGCAGUGGCAGCAGCUGAUCUCGGAUCUGCAGACCAUGAGGGCCUGGUUGGGUCAGUCUGAGGCUGAACUCAGCCAGCUGCGAGGGCUCGAUCUCAGCACUGACAUACACACCAUCCAGCAAAGAAUCAAGAAGCUCAAGGAGCUGCUGAAGGGGGUAGAUGCCCACAAGUCAGAGGUGUUGUCCAUCAACCUGAGCAGUGCAGACUUCCUCCAAUCAGAGCCUGACUCUGAGGAGGCGUGGGAACUGAGGGACAGGCUGAAAGAGAUGAACUCUCGCUGGGAUCGGCUCAGUACCUCCCUGGAGGACUGGAGGAAAGAGCUACAGAGGGCGCUGAUGCAGUGCCAGGAGUUCCAUGAGAUGAGCCAUGGUCUGCUGCUGUGGCUGGAAAACAUUGACCGUAGGAGAAACGAGGUGGUGCCCAUCCCUCCCAAACUCGAUCGUGAAACAUUACGAGCUCAUCAUAAAACACUGACGCAAAUCAAGCGUGAGCUGCUGGACUCUCAGCACAAAGUGUCGUCACUUCAGGAGCUGUCGGCUCAGCUGCUGGUCAACACUAAACCUCAGACUCUGUUGCCGCAGUCGCAGGCCUCAGAGCAGAUCCAGGCUCAGGGCAGCGAGUGUCUGGAGGCCGAAGAGAAGGUGCACGUGAUCCUGAACAGGCUCAGACUGCUCCUGAGGGAAGUCAGCUCAGACCUGGAGGGGUUGGAGAGGAGACUGGAGGCCACAGACACAUGGCAGGAUUGCUUACCAGUGCCUGUUGGCAAACCAGAAACCCUUGGAUCAGCUGCUCCUGAGUCAGCGGUGACUGUCCAAAGUCGCAAACGAUUGCCCCGAGGCAAAAGUAGUCAGGCCCACCCAGGACACCCUGAGAGCGGCCCACGCCACAGCCGGAGCAGAUCACAAGGCGCCGCUGGCUGCGUUUCCUCCCGUUCUGACCUUCCGGACGGCGUCUCCUCGCCGACCUCCUCCUCCAAAGGCCAGUCCUUCCUGCUGCGGGUCCUCAGGGCUGCGCUUCCCGUCCAGCUGCUCCUCCUGCUCCUCAUUGGCCUGGCCUGCCUGGUGCCCAUGACCGAGGAGGACUACAGCUGCCACCAUGCCAACAACUUCGCCCGCUCCUUCCAUCCCAUGCUGCGCUAUACCAACGGACCUCCGCCCAUAUGAGACGUAGCUGAAUAUCUACCUACUGCUUUGCCAAGGACUCCACUGAAUGUUUCCUCUUCACCCUGUGCCCUGAAGCAACAAACUCUCUCUCACAUGAAAAUGAAGACUUGUCUCACUAACAUUGCACACUCACUCUCCUGAAACCCUUUAAACCCACUCUCCAGAACAAAUGGACCUUCGUCUGGACCCCCUCUCCCCCAAUCUAAAUAUUUCAUGUUGUUUUAACUUAAAUGUGUAUAUUAUUUUUUAAGGUUUCUGAAGGAACCGGAGAAAUCAAUGAAAACAAAGCACUAUUUAUAUACUGUAUGUUGGGAGCCAAAGUCGAACGUGCUUUUUGUCCAUGAUAUCCAGUGCUGCUACUAUUUAUUUAGCGUUCAAUCAGAUAAUUGAUUGUUGAUAUUGAUUAAGCUAAAGCACCACCCUAAGUGUGGCAUAUUGUACCUGUAAAUUGUACAGUAGAUUUGCAGUUUGAGUAGCAAUCAUUCACAGUCUCAGAUGUUAAGAGUUUGUUUCUGACAGACACAUUUAAAGAUCUACUCAGACGACUGAAACAGAACUUUCUGAAGGAUGAACGUUGUGUUUUAGCUUGUCACAUCUUAGAAUAAAUUGGAAAUGAAGUCUCCAGAUGACAUUAAAGCUAAAAUCUGAACAUAUAGCACUGACAUGAGCACUGUCGAAGGUACUGCACUGAAGCCGUCCAGCCAAGAUGGCCGACUUCUUUCCCCAAAAGCCAAGGCUUGUAUUCCUGUUUUUAAUUUCAGUAUUUAAUCAGCUGAGGGCAAAUAUGAAAAAAAGAUAUGAGCUCUCGACUGAUUUGUAUAUUUUUGUUGAAAUGCCUUUGAAUACAGGCAGUUAUUUUUUUAUCUUUCCGUUUGAGCAUGCACUUGAAAGUACACUGCUUUUAAGAAAGCCAAACAAUCACUGGUAGUGUUUUAGUAGACGGCUGCGACAUGAAAUAGUGAGCUUUGUAAUAACUGCGAUAAUUAUUCUGCGGUGACGAGACAUCGGAAUCACUGCGUUGUUAAAACAGAAUCUGUAAAAAAUGAUGAAAUAUGAAAAUGGUUAUUUAUGUAUGUACAGUUUGCUAAUGCCAACUUCAUGAAGAAUACUCUCUUUGCAAAAAAUAAAACAUGAAAUAUUUA